ACAGCCAGGACCACUGGGAGCCUCUGCACGCGCAACAACAGCCGACACCGACAAGAAGAAGAAGGAGAAGAAGAAGAAGAAGUUUCUUAUUAUUUCUAUUCCUCUGAAGAACAAGUGUGCAGAAAGAGAGAGAGAGAAGGGCUAUGACACGCGACUAGAGGGUAGAGUUUGUGAGUGGAUCCUCGUUUUGUUCACCGAGAUGAAUAAAGACGUGAAGCUCGCGGUGCCCCUGCUCUUCCUCGCGCUGUGCGUCGCGGUGCAGCGAGCCGACUCUGCGGCCUGCCAUGGCUGCGUGGGAUCCAAAUGUGACUGCAGCGGAGUAAAAGGAGGCAAGGGUGAACGGGGUUUCCCAGGUCUCACCGGACAGCCAGGAGUCCCAGGGUUCCCCGGACCUGAGGGGCCGAUCGGGGGCCGAGGAGAGAAGGGAAGUGAUGGACCUCAAGGACUAUAUGGUCCAAAAGGAAUCAGAGGGCCCUCUGGAUUGCCAGGAUUUCCAGGAACGCCAGGACUUCCAGGUCUGCCCGGCCAGGACGGACCUCCAGGCCCGAGAGGAGUGGCAGGUUGCAAUGGGACAAAGGGCGAUAGUGGUUUCCCAGGAAAUUCAGGAAUUCCCGGACAGCAAGGACGAUCGGGUCCACCUGGUCUGCCAGGACAAAAGGGCGACCCGGGCGACGUGAUCUCCACCAAUCGCUUCGGAGAGAACGGAGCAGUGGGAUUACCCGGAUUGCCCGGAGUUCCCGGAUCUCCCGGACCCGCCGGUCUGCAGGGUCCACUCGGUCCUCCAGGACCCAGAGGCUACGAGGGUCGUCCAGGUCCUCCAGGUCUCCCCGGACCAAAGGGGAACAUGGGAUUGAACUUCCAAGGGCCCAAAGGAGAGAAGGGUGAAGAAGGUCUGGCAGGACCUCCUGGUCCUCCGGGGCAAGUUGGAGAACAGAAGAGACCCCCGGAGACCGAGAUUCAGAGAGGAGACAAGGGCGACCCGGGUAUUCCAGGUUCCCCGGGUGAUGUCGGCUACCCAGGACCCCCCGGUCCCUCCGGCGGCCACAAAGGAGACAAGGGAGAACCAGGUGAAGCAGGAAAACGAGGCAAAUCAGGCAAAGAUGGCGACCCCGGUUCUCCGGGCUUCCCCGGAAUCAAAGGAGACUCCGGCCUGCCAGGUCCUCCAGGCAGAGAUGGAGAAAGAGGGCUAAAUGGGGAUCGUGGAUACCCUGGCCCACCAGGACUGGUGCUCGGUGGGCAGACGGGAGGUCUGAUCGGCCCCAAAGGAGAGGCCGGCUUCCCCGGAUCCCCUGGAGGCAAAGGAGAUAGAGGACCCCCAGGUUUAUCGGGACCUCCGGGUGCACCAGGUCUUCCAGCUACCGGCGGCGGUGGUGGUCAGCCGGGAUCUCCGGGCUUCCCAGGAGAGAGGGGGCAGAAGGGAGACCUCGGCGCUCCGGGUCUGUCUUUGCCGGGUCAGCCAGGACGUUCGGGCUCUCCUGGUUCCCAGGGCCCACCGGGGCUCCCCGGACCUCCAGGCUUUUCCACGGGAGGACAAAACUGCGUCUCCGGGCAGCCCGGGCGUCCCGGCGUGCAGGGAGAGAGAGGCUACCAAGGAGGGCCUGGCCAGAAAGGUGAAAAGGGCGCCACCUGCGUCAACUGCUUCGGCGACACCACCGGCAUCCCUGGACCUGCGGGACCUGCGGGACAGCCCGGUUUCCCUGGAACUCCUGGCUCCCCAGGUAUCAAAGGAGACCGAGGAUAUCCAGGAACACCUGCGACCGUUGGACCCCCCGGUCCCUCCGGUCCUCCGGGUUCUCCGGGAUUCCCCGGCGAGAAGGGAGAACCAGGCGAUGCCCUCACGGUCAGCGGUGUGAGGGGAGAGAAGGGCGACACCGGUUUCCCUGGAGGACCCGGUCUGCCCGGUCUGGACGGUCGACCCGGUCGCGACGGACAGUCCGGAUCUCCUGGAGCCAAAGGAACACCCGGCUCUCUGCUGGUGAAAGGAGAACGAGGAACCCCCGGUGAGUCAGGCCCCCCGGGUAAUCCAGGAGAUCGGGGUUCUCCGGGAGGCCCCGGCUUUGGACCUGCGGGGUCUGCAGGAGAGAAAGGCAUCCAGGGCGUCUCAGGAAGACCUGGAAGCUCCGGUGCACCUGGUGCUAAAGGUGAACCGGGCCUGGCGGUGGCUGAGAAAGGCUUACCGGGACCCAGAGGACUGGACGGCUCACCGGGACUGCCCGGCUCACCGGGUGGACCGGGUCAGCCCGGACAGAAUGGUUUCACUGGCUUACCGGGAACAAAGGGGGACCCUGGACUCCCAGGUAUCGGACUCCCGGGACCCCCAGGAGUCAAAGGAUUCCCAGGUGUUGACGGCCAGCCAGGAUCUCCUGCAGGACCAGGUAGACCAGGAGUCGAUGGACUCCCUGGCCAGCCUGGAUUUCCUGGAUCCAAGGGUGAGCCUGGCUUUGGACUUCCCGGCCCCGCAGGUGUACCGGGAGUACCCGGAGGUAAAGGUUUCACCGGACCAAAGGGAGACCCUGGCUUCCCCGGUGGCCCCGGCUCACCUGGACGCUCUGGAUUUGAUGGAUCUCCGGGAUCUAAAGGUGACUCCGGUACACCUGGUAUACCUGGAGCUCGUGGCCCACCUGGAUCCCCCACCUCUGGCUCACUGGGGCAGCCAGGCCCCCCUGGACCUCCUGGCCCAAUGGGACCACCAGGGUUCCCUGGAUCAAACGGAGGGAAGGGAGACCCCGGCCCUCCAGGUCUAGACAUCCCAGGUCUGCCGGGAGACAGAGGGAGUCCCGGUUUCCCCGGUUUAUCUGGAUCGAUCGGAACGCCAGGACCUCCUGGAGGACCUGGACGGGACGGCCUGCCUGGACUGCCAGGUCAGAAAGGAGACCACGGUCCCAUGGGAACCCCGGGACCCUCUGGAGGACCAGGGGGACCAGGAGCGCCUGGCGCUUCCGGCUUUAAAGGUGAUCCUGGAUUCCAAGGCAGGGACGGCAGUCCUGGCGGUCCUGGUUUUAAAGGAGACAGGGGUGAGCCCGGCCUCCAGGGACCCCCAGGGAUCAGCGAUCCACCAUUGCUUACAAAAGGAACCAAAGGAGAUCCUGGACUACCAGGUGCAUCAGGUCUUUCAGGUCAGAAAGGCAUCCCCGGUAUCUCCGGUGACCCUGGACUGCCAGGAUCCGAUGGACGUCCUGGACUUCCCGGACCACCAGGUCCAAAGGGAGAUCCUGGUAUCUCAGGAGGCCCAGGAGGUCCUGGAGGUCCAGGAGGAAAAGGCAGCAUGGGAGAAAUGGGUUUCCCAGGACCAUCAGGGCAGAAGGGUCUCCCGGGUCAGUCAGGUAGGUCUGGGUCUCCAGGACAGCCGGGAGGACCUGGUUUCCCUGGAGCCAAAGGUGAACCAGGCUCUGCUGGAGUCGGACCACCCGGACUAUCUGGACAUAAGGGUGAACCAGGUCAGCCAGGGUUCCCAGGAAGUUCAGGACUUAAGGGAACGCCAGGAUCACCCGGUCUCCCAGGUAUAUCAGGAGGGCCGGGUCAUAAAGGUGAAUCCGGACUCCCAGGAUUCCAAGGUUCUCCGGGUAUCCCCGGUCCUAAGGGUCUCGACGGUGGGCCCGGUGCUCCAGGUCUCACUGGAGCUCCCGGUAGACCAGGAGAAUCUGGCCGACCAGGAGGAUCAGGGUUGCCAGGGGACAAGGGUCAGGCAGGUCGGGACGGGAUCCCAGGACCCGCUGGAAUUAAAGGAGACCCAGGUCUUCCUGGUUAUGGUGGACCCGGUGCUUCUGGGCUUCCAGGGUUGCCAGGCACGAAGGGAGACCCUGGUCUUCCCGGCCCAUCCGGCAGCCCCGGUUUCCCUGGAACCAAAGGAGACGCCGGUUACCCCGGAUCCCCUGGUCCUUCAGGCAACACCGGUCCUUCCGGGCCUCCAGGACAAGCUCUGCAGGGACCCAAAGGACUCCAAGGAUCCCCCGGACCACCAGGAAGAGGAGGUUCACCCGGCCCACAGGGUCCCCGUGGCCCCGGAGGAAGCGGCGGCGUUAAGGGAGAUAAGGGGAUUCCCGGCGCACCUGGACAGCCGGGCUUCCUGGGACAGAAGGGAGAAGGUGGCGUUCCCGGAUUCCCAGGUCCCUCUGGUAUUCCCGGUGGUUCUGGUUUGAAGGGAGAUAUCGGUCUGCCUGGCGUUCCUGGAUUCCCUGGACCGAAGGGAGACUCGGGACUCCCCGGCGGCAGUGGCCUUCCUGGAGAUCCUGGAGAUGUCGGAGCCACUGGCCCUCCUGGUAACCCUGGUGUAGCUCCAGCUCCCUUCGUGGUGAAGGGGGAGCGAGGACUCCCUGGUCCCCAGGGCCUGCCUGGUGGUCGGGGGCUUCCUGGUUCUUCUGGGCGAGACGGACUCCUCGGUAACCCUGGUGAACCUGGGGACUCUGGUCUGGAGGGUCCUCCGGGCUUCAGCGGCCCAUCGGGUAGGAAGGGAGACAACGGACCCGCCGGUCAGCCUGGUCAGCGGGGCUACCCUGGUCCCCCUGGUUCCGACGGUCCGCAGGGACUUCCCGGUUCUCCAGGAUCCGUCUCUGCAGCCCACGGCUUCCUCAUCACCCGGCACAGCCAGGGUCAGGAGGUGCCCUACUGUCCCGAGGGAACCGGCCUCAUCUACGACGGCUACUCCCUGCUGUACGUGCAGGGCAACGAGAGGGCCCACGGACAGGACCUCGGCUCGGCCGGCAGCUGUCUGCGCAGGUUCAGCACCAUGCCCUUCAUGUUCUGCAACAUCAACAACGUCUGCAACUUCGCAUCCCGCAACGACUACUCCUACUGGCUGUCCACGCCGGAGCCCAUGCCCAUGUCCAUGGCCCCCAUCACCGGAGAGGGCAUCAAGCCUUACAUCAGCAGGUGUGCGGUGUGUGAAGCUCCGGCCAUGGUGAUCGCGGUCCACAGUCAGACCAUCCAGAUUCCCACUUGCCCUUCAAACUGGGAAGCCCUGUGGAUCGGAUACUCCUUCAUGAUGCACACCAGUGCGGGUGCGGAGGGCUCCGGUCAGGCCCUGGCCUCCCCCGGCUCCUGCCUGGAGGAGUUCCGCAGCGCCCCCUUCAUCGAGUGCCACGGCCGAGGGACUUGCAACUACUACGGCAACUCUUACAGCUUCUGGCUGGCCACCGUGGAACCAUCCGAGAUGUUCAGGAAGCCCCAGUCGGAGACUCUCAAGGCGGGUAACCUACGGACGCGCGUCAGCCGCUGCGUGGUCUGCAUGAAGAGGACGUAACGGCACACGGCAACAUGCCGGGGACGCACGAUCAAUAACAAGAGAUGUUCGGAUGACGGGGGGCAAGUCGAGGGGUGGGGGGUGGAGACGGAGACAGAUAGGCGUAAGAGGUGGGACGCCAAUGGGUGCAUUGUCUUCCAGAUACAAAAAACAUCUUACAACUUUAAACAAUGGUGCUACUGUGCAACACAGCUUAAAAAAAAAAAAGAGAAAAGAAAUAAAAAAAUUUAAAAAAGAAAGAUUUAAAUAAAUCUUACAUUU